AUGCCGACGUGGGCACAACUCGCUGAGAUAGGACGCGAUCUCAGGUUUUAUCCAAGCCUUACCAAGCAUCCAAAGGUACUGAUCCAAGAACAGGUGACCAAUUUCAACCGCGUCGGCUAUAUCAAAGGUAUCCCGAUUUUCGAUGAGGCUGAAAUCGGUGAACACCGCCAAUACUUUGAUGCCCUGUUAGCGAGCGUCAUUGCAGAAGGCGGAAGCAGUUACUCAAUUAUCUCCGCUCACAUGAAAUACGGGAAGGUUUACGACCUUCUCACACACCCAAGGAUUGUCGCCUGUGUGAAGGACCUGAUCGGCGAGGACGUUAUCGGUUGGGGUGCACACUACUUCUGCAAAAUGCCGCACGACUCGAAAACCGUCGGCUGGCAUCAAGAUGCCGGUUACUGGCCCCUCUCCCCUUCCAAGACCGUUACCGUCUGGCUCGCGAUAGACGAUGCCGCCGUUGAAAACGGUGCGAUGCGGUUUAUCGCAGGUUCACAUCACCUUGGGCAUUUAACCGCUCGGCACAGCGAUCCCGACGACAAUAGCGUCCUGGGUCAAAUCGUUGAAAACGCAGAGCAGCACGGCGAAUCCGUGGAUGUUGAACUCAAAGCAGGCGAAAUCUCUAUCCACACUGACUUACUCUUGCACGGCUCGAACGCCAAUCCCUCGUCGAAGCGGCGAUGCGGUCUCACCUUACGCUAUUGCACCUCCGAUGUCCAAGCGUCUUACCGCUGGAAUAGGGAAGGUGUCGUCGUGAGUGGAAAAGAUAACAGCGGACACUGGGGCAACCCACCGCGUCCGACUGUCGAUUGA